UUCGCUUGCCUAUAGCCGCCGUAGUAGCAGCCAGUACCAGUACAUUUCGUUCAGUCUCGGCGGUCUUCUCAGUUCGUUCGAGGCGAUUUUCACAGGCAGCAGUACCACCAGAGUAUCCAGUGCCAGAGUGCCAGUAUCCAGUAUCCCAGUAUCCAGUAUACAGUGAAGUAAACAGCAAGCGACCAGGCAAACUGCUUAAGAGCUCAGCCUUCACAUUUUCCUUGAAAGAAAUCAAUCCAAACCAGAGACAAACAUGAGUGGAGACCGCCCGAAGCGUCCCCUUUCGGCCUACAUGCUGUGGCUCAACGAGACCCGCGAACAGAUCAAGAAGGAUAAUCCCGGCAGCAAGGUGACAGACAUCGCCAAGCGGGGUGGCGAGCUCUGGCGCGGACUGAAGGAUAAGACCGAAUGGGAGCAGAAGGCCAUCAAGAUGAAGGAGGAGUACAACAAGGCGGUGAAGGAGUACGAGGCCAACGGCGGUACCGAUUCGGGGGCGCCCAAGAAGCGAAAGAAGGCGGCCGCCAAGCCCGCCAAGAAGGCCAAGAAGAAAGAGUCCUCCGAGGAGGAGGAGGAGGACGAGAGCGAGUAGACGGUUGCAGCCUCCGCAUUGGGCAACGUUUUUCUGCAUAAGUUUUAAAAUACAUUUUAUUAAUGUAAUUUUUUAAGUGACAAAAAGAGAACCCACAAAAAUGGAAACCAACAAAAAAAACUUAAUUAAAAAAAUCUCAAAAAAAUAUGAAAAACAUACAAAAAAAAGAAUGAAUUAAGACCUUAAAUCUUUAAAUAUGCACUAAAUCCAUAAACAUGAGAACACACCGAUACACACACAUGCCAACAAACACACACACACAGCAUAAACCAUAAAACUAAGUUAAAGAAGUGAAAUAUCACUCACACACAUUAUUUCCAGUCAACUGUUCUUAUAUUCUAGGUUUGUACGUAUAAAUGUAUCUAUAUGUAUGACACGCCCACUGCCCCCAAGAGGGGACUCCCCGCUCGCCCCUUUAGCCACUUUCGAUCGCAUCAAGUUAUUUGAAUUUUGAGUCCCUCGAUUCGAAAGCAAAAAGUUAUAAAUAUAUACAUACAUUUUAAACUAUAUACAUAAAUAUAUAUUUAAAUAUAUAUUAUGUAAUUUAAAAA